CACAACACAUCAAGUAAGAGAAUAAGAAAGAAAGAAGAAAGAGAACAUCUAUAUCUAUAAUAGAAAAGAAAACACAACAUAAUAUUGGAAGAGAAGAUGAUAGUGGAGAUUGAAGAAGUGAGCAGCUGCCAAGCACUACCUCUGCUUUCACUCAACCAUGUGUCUUUGUUGGUGAGAGAUGUUUGGAAUUCUCUGCGCUUCUAUGAAGAUGUCUUGGGCUUUUGUCUUGUUAAACGACCUUCUUCUUUCAAUUUCCAUGGUGCCUGGUUGUACAACUAUGGAGUUGGGAUUCACUUGCUUGAGAACGUAGCUAUGGAGGAUUACGAUGCCAUCAAUGAACCUCGACCCAUUAAUCCUAAGGAUAACCACAUUUCUUUCCAGUGCACUGAUGUUGAAGUGGUGAAGAGAAGGUUGGAGGAAAUGGGAAUGAGAUAUGUGACUGCAGUGGUAGAGGAUAAUGGCAUAAAGGUAGAUCAGGUGUUUUUCCAUGACCCAGAUGGCUACAUGAUUGAAAUCUGUAACUGUGAUAACAUUCCACUUUUGCCUAUCUCUUCAACUUUCCCACUCAAGCCUCACAAUAUUGGCACCAGCCAUAACAAAUUCACACCCACCAAUUGUGGCUGUGGUUUCACGGAAACUGCAGAGAUGAUGGAAAGCUUAAGCAAAGACAUGCUCAACUUUUCUUUCUAAUUAAGUAUUGUAUAUUUUCAGUUCAGUUCAGUUCUAAUGUCGUGUGUUUGUUACUACUUUGAAUCUUUCAAUUGUUUAAUUUGUCGUUGAAACAAAUAGUGGAGAACAGUCACGGGUUAUCAAUUGUUUAAUUAAGUGGCUUUUCCACAAGUCGUGUUUACGUUUGUCUGGUUAUACAAGUUAAAACUGGAAUGGAUGUACUUCUAUUUUCAAAUUUUAUUUGUAUAUAUGCAAAUUAUAUAUAAUAAUGACGAUAUCAAUCUAAAGAAA